UUCUCGUCCUUUUCUUGUUCAUCCCUCCUUUUGCAGUGGCACAGAGCAAGACGGGCGGGACCAAAAUCUGCGUUUCUACUCCAUUUUUUCCAUGGUGGGUCGCCGGAAAAUGAGUUAUUUCAGGCAAAGAUGAGUUUUUUAUUCUUUGAGUGACUUCUCAGAGAUCGGCUUCUUAUUGGGUUUGUUUCACUUGAGGAGCUGAACUUUUGUGAACAAUGAACACCGCUGGUCGACUCAUUGCUGGGUCUCAUAAUAGAAACGAGUUCGUUCUGAUCAAUGCAGAGGACUCUGUUCGGACAAAGUCUGUGGAGGAAUUGAGUGGACAGACAUGUCGGAUUUGUGGAGAUGAGAUAGAGUUAACUGAUGAAGGAGAUCUCUUUGUUGCUUGUAAUGAAUGUGCCUUCCCAGUUUGUAGAACUUGCAAUGAGUAUGAGCGAAGAGAAGGAAAUCAAGCUUGUCCACAGUGUAAAACCAGAUACAAACGCAUUAAGGGUAGUCCUCGGGUUGAAGGCGAUGACGAUGACGAUGAAGAUGAUACCGAUGAUUUGGAUAACGAGUUCGACUAUGGCAAUCUCGAUUCGUUUCGCCCUCAUUCUGCCGAUGCAUCGUUUGUUUCACGCCUUAACACUAGCCGUGGUUCCCACUGUAAUGCAUCUCACAUCAAUGGACAGUCGGAGCACGAACCGUCUCGCCUUGGUUCGGAAAUUCCUCUCCUGACAUACGGCAAGGAGGAUUACGAGAUUUCUUCUGAUCAACAUGCUCUUGUACCCCAUUUUAUGGGUCGUGGAAACAGAGACCAUUCGAUGUCGUACCCCGAUCCAUCGAUAUCUUCUCAACGUAGACCAAUGGUUCCCGAGAAAGAUAUUGCUGUAUAUGGUUAUGGGAGUGUGGCAUGGAAGGACAGAAUGGAGGAUUGGACGAAGAAGCGAUAUGAUAAACUUCAAGUGGUGAAGCAUCAAGGGGUUGAAGACGGUGGAAAUGAUAUCGACGAUCCCGAUUUGCCCAUGAUGGAUGAAGCUAGGCAACCGCUAUCAAGGAAAUUGCCCAUCUCUUCGAGCAUGAUAAACCCGUACAGAUUAAUCAUCUUGCUUCGACUUGUUAUUCUCGGCCUGUUUUUCCAUUACAGAAUUCUUCAUCCAGUUAAAGAUGCUUAUGGCCUGUGGUUGACUUCAGUAAUAUGUGAAAUUUGGUUUGCGGCAUCGUGGAUUCUCGAUCAGUUCCCGAAAUGGUAUCCGAUUGAAAGGGAAACGUAUCUCGAUAGGCUAUCCCUGAGGUAUGAAAAAGAAGGGAAACCUUCUGAAUUAGCCAGCGUGGACGUAUUUGUCAGUACCGUUGAUCCAACGAAAGAACCUCCACUUAUCACUGCUAACACGGUACUUUCCAUCCUUGCAGUCGACUAUCCUGUCGAUAAAGUUGCAUGCUAUGUCUCAGAUGAUGGUGCAGCCAUGUUAACAUUUGAAGCUCUCUCUGAGACAUCUGAAUUUGCAAGGAAAUGGGUUCCUUUCUCUAAGAAAUUCAAUAUUGAGCCCCGUGCCCCCGAGUUUUACUUUUCUCAGAAGAUCGAUAAUUUGAAGAACAAGGUCCAUCCGGAAUUUUUCAGGGAAAGGCGAGCAAUGAAGAGAGAAUACGGAGAAUUUAAGGUUCGGAUAAAUGCGCUGGUCUCCAUGGCUCAAAAGGUCCCUGAGGAUGGCUGGACAAUGCAAGAUGGUACUCCAUGGCCCGGGAAUAACGUUCGAGACCACCCUGGCAUGAUUCAGGUCUUCCUUGGCCAGAAUGGAGUUUGUGACGUUGAAGGAAAAGAGCUGCCACGUUUGGUUUACGUUUCUCGUGAAAAGCGACCCGGGUUUGAACAUCACAAGAAGGCCGGGGCCAUGAAUGCACUGGUUCGAGUCUCAGCGGUUCUGUCAAAUGCUCCUUAUCUACUCAAUGUCGACUGCGAUCACUACAUUAACAAUAGCAAGGCACUUAGAGAAGCUAUGUGUUUCAUGAUGGAUCCGACGUCCGGGAAGAAAGUUUGCUAUGUGCAGUUUCCUCAAAGAUUUGAUGGGAUCGAUCGACAUGAUCGAUACUCAAAUCGGAAUGUUGUGUUCUUUGAUAUCAACAUGAAAGGAUUAGACGGAGUACAAGGACUGAUAUAUGUCGGUACGGGGUGUGUUUUCCGAAGGGUUGCCCUCUACGAUAAUGACGCUCCUGCCAAGAAGAAACGCCCGAGCAAAACAUGCAACUGCUUGCCAAAAUGGUGCUGUCUGUGUUGUGGGUCUAGAAAGAACAAGAACGAGAAAAAGAAGAAGACAACACAGAUCCAUGCGCUCGAGAAUAUCGAUGGAAUCGAAGAACUAAGCAUAGAGAAAUUGAACGUGUCCGAAACUAAAUUAGCGAAGAAAUUCGGGCAAUCUCCGGUGUUUGUCGCGUCGACCGUGUCGGAAAGUGGAGGAAGUCGUCAUGAUGUGAGUGCUGCCUCACUGCUAAGAGAAGGCAUUCAAGUUAUCAGUUGUGGAUAUGAAGAUAAAACAGAAUGGGGGAAAGAGGUUGGGUGGAUAUAUGGUUCUGUUACUGAAGAUAUCUUGACUGGAUUUAAGAUGCACUGUCACGGUUGGCGGUCUGUGUACUGUAUUCCCGAGAGGCCUGCUUUUAAAGGGUCGGCUCCGAUUAACCUCUCCGAUCGUCUAAACCAAGUUUUGCGGUGGGCUCUAGGAUCUGUUGAGAUAUUCUUGAGCAGACAUUGUCCGAUCUGGUAUGGCUAUGGAGGCGGGUUGAAAUGGUUGGAACGAUUUUCGUACAUAAACUCGGUCGUCUAUCCGUGGACCUCGAUUCCAUUGCUUGUUUACUGUAGCCUGCCUGCUAUCUGUCUUCUCACCGGAAAGUUUAUUGUUCCUGAGAUAAGCAACUAUGCCAGUCUUAUUUUCAUGGCACUCUUCAUCUCAAUUGCUGCGACCGGUAUCCUCGAGAUGCAAUGGGGUGGUAUUGGCAUCGACGACUGGUGGAGAAACGAGCAGUUUUGGGUUAUUGGAGGCGUUUCGUCGCAUCUUUUUGCUCUUUUCCAAGGUCUACUCAAGGUUUUAGCUGGUGUCAGCACCAACUUCACAGUUACAUCCAAAGCAGCUGAUGAUGGUGAGUUUUCAGAGCUCUAUAUCUUCAAAUGGACAUCAUUAUUAAUACCUCCCACGACCUUGUUGAUCAUAAACAUCAUCGGCGUGAUCGUCGGGAUCUCAGACGCCAUCAACAAUGGAUACGACUCGUGGGGUCCUCUUUUCGGAAGGCUAUUUUUCGCUCUUUGGGUGAUCAUCCACCUCUACCCAUUCUUGAAGGGAUUAUUAGGGAAACAAGAUCGGCUACCAACAAUCAUUGUUGUUUGGUCCAUUCUUUUAGCCUCAAUCUUAACAUUACUUUGGGUAAGGAUCAACCCAUUUGUAUCAAAAGACGGCCCCGUUCUAGAAGUUUGCGGGUUGAACUGUGAUUAAGAGCAAGUCGGUAAGGACGGGACGGGACGGGACGAGACGAGAUGACUAUGGUUUUUGCAGGAAAUUGAGGAAGGUGAUGCAGGAUGAUGUAUAGAUAGAGGGGUUGGAGGUGAGGAAUUGUUAUUUGUUCUAUAGAUAUCUUUGAUUCUUUGAGUCCUCUGUUUCUUAUUUUUGUGCCAUGGAAACACAUGAACUGAUGAUAUAAUUUAUUAGGGACGACACGUAAAACGUGUCUCAAACUCUCGUUUUCGCCAUGUUCCUCGACGAAGUCCUCGUUCGUUAAUGUAAAACCCUUGACAUU